AUGGCUAUUGUUCGUCGGGUUGGAUCUCUUGUACAAAUUACUGGUGUUUUCUCUAAACGAUUUGUAUUCGAUAUACCAAAAUUUGCAGUGGCAAAUAGGGGUUUUAUUUUCGGUUACUCCAAAAUCCACUCGAAGAACAUUUUCUCGGGACGUGUUUCGCUCCCCCUUGCUGUUGCUUGCGCAUCUGAAAAAAUUCCCGAUAUUCCCCAGCCACCUCCCCUCCAGGAAAUCGUGCCUAGUCUUAAUGCGCUCGGUGAACCAACAUUUGCCUCCCUUGGUCUCAACAGUUACUGGCCUUCCGGGUGGUAUCAGUCGCUCCUUGAGGUUUUACAUGUUAACUUGGAUCUGCCAUGGUGGGCUGCAAUUGCAACGACUACGAUCGUCAUUCGGCUCUGCCUGAUUCCAUUAAUAAUUGAUCAACGUCGAAAAUUGGCCUCCUACACAAAUGUUAUGCCAAAGAUUGUGGCCUUGCAAAAUAGGAUGACAAAGGCACGAAUUAAUUCAAAUUAUAUUGAAAUGAUGAAGGUUUCCCAGGAAAUGCAGGAGCUAAUGAAAAACAACGAUGUUAAUCCACUAAAUAGUUUGCGUCUGAUGGUUGUUCAAGUGCCAAUUUUCCUCUCCGUGUUUGCCGGUCUUCGGGGAAUGGCUCAGCUCCCAGUUGAUAGCCUCAAAACUGGCGGUCUCGGCUGGUUUGUCGAUCUGACUGUUUGUGACCCCUUCUACAUUCUUCCUUUCUACAGUAUGGCGUCGAUCUUUCUAAUGUUUGAGUUCGGAGCUGACGUCUCUUCGCAGGGCCUUACACCAGCUGUUCGAGUAAUGAUGCGCGGGUUUCCAAUUGUUGGUUUCUUCAUGAUUAUGCACAUGCCUUCGGCACUUUUGUGGUACUGGUCGAUAAGUAACACAAUAUCGAUAGCUCAAGCGCUUAUUUUAAAGAGCAAGCCGGUGCGGGAUUUUUUGCAGUUCCCUGAGCUGGCCAAGCCUCCGCCUCAAGUAGAAAAGAAGAAGGGAUUUUUCGCCGGCUUCAAGGAAUCGAUGAGCAACUCCCGGCUGAUUGCUGAACUCGAAGCCCGGGAGCGAACAGAUGCUGAGCGCUGGCAAAAGGCCGGGUUGAACAAGGUUCCGAAGACCUUUGCCUUUGAUACAACGAAAAGGAGUGAGCCCGCUACCGAUGCUAAGGGAACUAAUGCGCUCGAAAAUAGAAAGUCCUCCCAGUCUUAG